AAGAAGCGCUCAAUGCCUCUCGUCUCUACGGCGCCGUUUCCCCUACAAAAUCCGCUGCGGCGGAGGCGGAGGCCAAACGGUGGCAGCUCGAUCUCAGCAUUCAGAUACACGACCGCUCUCUCGCUUGCGAGAUUCUGAGUAUGCCGGAGGACAAGUGGUGCGAAAUUGGGAAUAAUUUGAACAGGCCGUACGGGGAGGGUUCCUCCUCCUCCUCCAAUCAGCACCAAGCUUGCGGAUUUAGGUCCAAUCAGCAAUUUUUCGGAUGUAGGGUUUACGUCAAGGGUUUGAUUGAUGGGUUGGCAGGUGGUAUUGGGGUGGCGAUAUGCGAUUCCAUCGGUAAUUUGUUGUUUGAAUUGGGUAAAACUUUCAGUGGGGAAGACCGCCAAUGGAAUGCACUUUGCGUUGAGAUGAAAGCUUUGAUUGAAGGCCUCUCCAUCGCUGUAAUGCUGGGCUUAAACAGGGUCACCAUUCUUACAGACAACAACUUACUCUAUCUCCAUAUUUUUAGAGAGUUCGAGAUUAUGGUGAAGUCAAAUGUCGCCACAUUAUCCGACGAAAUAAAGCUUCUUCUCAGAAAAUUAACUCAACCUUGUGCAACUCUCGUUCCCGAAAAGGACUUGGAACUUGCUUCGGCAAUUGCAAGGAAUGCAAUGGCUUUUAACGUCAACCGAAUCAGCUGUUCUAUCUGUUUUGAAGAUACAUAUAUGAAUCAAAUGUUCCAAAUCUCAUACUGUCUGCAUAGCUACUGCGUUUCUUGUAUGUUGAAACACGUCGAGUUUAAGUUGCUUCAAGGGACUCUACCCAGAUGCCCUCACGUGUAUUGCAACUCCGAGUUGAAACUCGAUAGUUGCAAGAAGUUUUUGACUUCGGAAUUAUCUGAUUUAAUGAACCAACGCUUGAAAGAAGCAUCCAUCCCCGUAGAAGAGAGGAUUUAUUGCCCCUGCCCUACGUGCUCUACUCUGUUGUCGAUAACUGAGCUUCAAACGUUCAUCGGUAGUUCAGAUUUCGUUGAUGACGAGUUGGGUGCCAGAAAGUGCCCCAAGUGCAGUGGCAUCUUUUGCGUCAAAUGCAAAGUCCCGUGGCAUGGUAAUAUGAGUUGCCGUGAUUUUCUAAGGCUAAAUCCCAUUCCACGCGAGGAAGAAGACAACAAACUGAAGUCUUUGGCUACUCAGAAUCUCUGGCGUCAGUGUCCAAAAUGCAAUCAUAUGGUUUCACUUGCUGAAGGAUGCUACCAUAUUACCUGCAGAUGUCGACACGAGUUUUGUUAUACGUGUGGAGCUGAAUGGAAAAAUAGGAGAAGUAGUUGCACUUGUCCUCUUUGGGAUGAACGCAAUAUUGUAUAUGAUAGGCGGAACCCAAUCCCACGAAGAUGAUCGUGUAUGCUCUCAGUGUCUAGCAUGGUUAUAGGAUGAUGAAAAACCUCAAUUUUAGAGUUUUU